AUGUUGGCCGACUACUUUGUCAACCGGCCAGUGUUCAAAGAUCCGGUGUUCCGAACACGUUACAGGAUGAGUCUCAAUCUCUUCAAGCGUAUAUCUACUGACCUUUGCCAGUAUGAUCGUUACUUUGUUCAAAGGUCAGAUGCUACCGAUAAAGUCGGACUGCUUCCGGAGCAGAAGAUGACAGCUGCCUUGCGAAUGCUUGCUUACGCAGAAUACCUCCGCGCUCCUACUACAGCCGACCUCAGACGACUUCUUGCCAAAGCUGAGAGGAGAGGUUUUCCUGGAAUGAUUGGGAGCAUCGACUGUAUGCAUUGGCAAUGGAAGAAUUGUCCGACAGGUUGGGCUGGAGAAUAUAGUGGUAGGAAACAUAUCCCCACUAUCAUCCUAGAAGCAGUCGCAUCUUACGACACCUGGAUUUGGCACGCAUUCUUUGGAAUGCCCGGGGCAUGCAACGACCUGAACAUCUUGGCAAAGUCUCCGUUGUUUGAUGAGCUUACCGCCGGUAGAGCACCUCUGAUCCAAUUCCAAGUUAACAACAGAGCUCACAGUCUAGGGUACUAUCUUGCCGACGGUAUUUAUCCUCGAUGGACGACUUUCUUGAAAACUGUUCGAAAUCCUACACGCCCCAAGGAAAUCGAGUUUGCAAAGACUCAAGAGGGGUAUAGGAAGGAUGUAGAGAGAUGUUUUGGUAUAUUGCAGUCACAGUUUGGUAUUGUUAGAGGAGCUGCUCGUGGGUGGCAUAAAGAGGACCUUCGAUACAUUAUGUUGACGUGUAUUAUAUUACACAACAUGAUUGUCGAAAAUGAACGACCUGAAGACAGCGAUGAUGAGUUGGAGUCCGAUGAUGAGGAGGAUAACAAUAUGAGGCCCAGGAUUGCUGAGGUAUGGGAGGGACCAACUGGUAGAGACUUUGAUCCUGUUGGUAGAGAUGCUCAUCAUAUGAACGGAUUCAUGGACCGCUACCAACAAAUUAGAUCUGAGCACAGUCACUCCAACCUUCAGGAAGACCUCAUUCAACACUUUUGGGAAUUUCAAGGCAAUAUGAGUAUCUAG